AUGCUUCGGCUUAGCUGUUGCCUUCACUUCUUCACUAAGAGCCUGAAGAUCACAGGAGGAGGAAGGAAGAACAAGAAGGAGGGAGAGGAGGGCAAGAGGGAGAGUUAUAGGCUGGAGGUCUUGGUGUUCGAGGAAGAAGAGGGAGUGGCGCUUCGAAUCCGCCCGCUCAAUGAUGCAGAACUGGAGGACGGAGGCACCAUCAUCGCUCACAAAGUGGGGGAACAGACGGUGGUGCUCGUGGACCCUGGUGAGGACCCUGAGGACACGCUGCGCACACACCGGCCCCGCAAACGAACCUUCAUCUUUGACACUGUUUUCGACCAGCACGCAUCCCAGGAAGAUGUGUACUGUGCCACCAUCCAGCAUCUAGUGGAAGGCAUCAUUUCUGGAUACAAUGCAACAGUGUUUGCCUAUGGCCCCUCAGGCACAGGGAAGACCCACACCAUGCUAGGCAAGGAUGCGGAGCCUGGUGUCUACCUGCAGACCCUCACGGACCUCUUCCAGGUCAUUGAACAGACCCGUGACAACAUGGACUACAGCGUGUCCAUGUCUUACUUUGAGAUUUAUAAUGAAGUGAUCCGGGAUCUCUUGAAUCCAUCCUCGGAGUUUCUGGAACUAAGGGAAGAUUCUAGGGGCAGCAUCCAGAUUGCAGGCAUCAUGGAGGUCUCCACCUCAAAUGCCCAAGAGAUCAUGCAGCUCCUCACCAAGGGCAACCGGCAGCGCACACAGGAGCCCACGGCCACCAACAAGACGUCGUCCCGCUCCCACGCUGUGCUGCAGGUCACCGUGCAUCAGCAGAGCCGCAGCACAGACCUGGUGGAGGAAGUGCGCGUUGGGAGGCUCUUCAUGGUGGACCUGGCAGGCUCUGAGCGGGCGUCCCAGACACAGAACCGAGGCAAAAGGAUGAAGGAGGGUGCACACAUCAACCGCUCCCUGCUGGCACUGGGCAACUGCAUCAAUGCACUCAGUGAGAAGGGCAGCAGCCGGUCGCAGUAUGUGAACUUCCGAGAUAGCAAGCUCACGCGCCUGCUGAAGGAUGCCCUGGGAGGGAACAGCCGGACAGUGAUGAUCGCCCACAUUAGCCCAGCCAGCACCUGCUUUGAGGAGUCACGGACCACCCUGCUCUACGCCUACAGGGCGAAGAACAUCAAGACCAGGGUCAAGCGCAACCUGCUGAACGUCUCCUACCGCAUCGCGCAGUACACGGAUGUCAUCUCUGACCUGCGCAGGGAGAUUGAGCACCUCAAAUCAAAAAUUGAGAAGCAAGAAAAGGAAAAGAAAAGUGAACCCAGCAACCGGGAUGCACAAGGUAGAGCUGGGCAUCUAUCUGUCACAAUCCCCACCCAUGAUGCAGAAGAGGAUAGCCACCUGCAGAUGAACAAGAUCCGGGCUCAGCUCAUCGGAGCCUUCAAGGAGCAGAUGGAGAUGCGGCACAGCCUGGUAGAGCUUGAGAAUACCAACAUCGAGCUGCACAUCGACAUGUCCCGCCACCUGCUGACCAUUGCAGACUGGGAGCGGGAGAAGACCCACCACCACGUGCACAGGGGUAGGGGUGAGCCCGAGAAGGACGAAGAGCUGGUCGACGCUGAUGGGGAAGAGGGCGAGUCCGUGGAACCACACGAGGUGGCCCUAGCCAGAGAGGAGGUCAACAUGCUGUUAGCCGAGCAGCGGAAAACUGCGGACCUCAAGGCUGGGCUGGAGCAGCGCCUGGCCAAUGCCAAGCAGAAGGCCUCACAGAUGGAGAAGCUGCUGCCCAAGCAGGUCACCAGCGAGGACCAGCGGGAGGUUCUGCGGCUGCUGUGCAGAGCCCACAAGCUGGAGGUGGAGAACACGGAGCUGCAGGCCAACAACCUGUGCCAGAAGAACCUGCUCUGCCAGAAGGACUUUGUGAUCCAGCGCUACCACCAGCACCGGCUGCUCUGUGAGCAGGUCAUCCAGGAGCAGCGGCAGCUGAUACAGGAAGGUGGCAUCCCGGUGCCGGAGCCCCUGGACCAGCGGUAUGGCCUGUACUGCCGGGAGCAGGGUGAGGGCACACUGGACCGCCUGCUGCUGCUGCACUCGGUGAUGUCCAGCUCUCUCCGGAGACCCUCUGCUUGAUGACACAGCUUGCCCAGGUCCUUGCCAGCCUCACA